ACCCCACGAGGCAUGUCUGUAGCCAAAAAAAAACUAUCCAUCACAAGAUCAUUACCAGCAAUUAUAAUCAGAUUUGUUUCUGAUCCUUCUACUUAACUAUGCUUCAAAGACACUUCAUGGCCAGCUGGGUGCCUGUGUUCAUGAACCAUAUCAAUGUCCAGCUAGAACAUCAAGCCGAACCGUUCUUAACCUUCCAGUUGAGUACCAUCGGUAUUGACGGGUUCCCUCAAAACAGAACCGUUGUAUAUCGGGGAUUCUUAUUCGACGAAGUUUCGACAAACAUCAUCACUUUUACCACCGACAAGCGGAUGCCUAAAUACUCUGAGUUGGCUAAAGAUGACCGUUUUGAAGCGGUGUUCUACUUACCAGGGGCUAGAAAACAGUUUAGAUUUAAGGGCCACGCUCGUGUAAUCGACGCAGACCACCAUCCAAUUGUCAAAUUGGACAACUAUAAACCACGAGACGUGGGAGACAUCGACAGUGAUGACGAAGAUGAGGCCAAAGAAUCCUCAGUACCGGAGCCUUCACCCAAUGCAUUUGCCCCAUCACCAACAACAUCCAUACCUAAAUCAGAGGAUACCAGCUUCUGGAACCACCCAAUAGAGUUCCACCUUGUUUCUCCCAAGUUGAUUAACCAACUUCACAAAGACCACAACGCCUCGUACUCCAACUUUAACGAUAUUCACGUCCCUCAUGAACUUACACUAAAACCCCCAACUGAUGAGGAGUACGCACAAGAAUUAUCUCGUCAAUGGGAUACUUUGUCCAAAGCUUUAAAAAAGAGCUUCAGAAAACCAGAUCCCGGCUCAAGGAUGACACCCGAAAAGUCCAAGUUGAUCGAUUCGAUUAAACGGGGUGUUGACGGUAAGAAAGAUAUCGAUGGAUACAAGAAUUUCGCUGUAGUAGCGAUGUUCAUCGAUACGGUUGACUUCUACGAUAGCGAAAGUGAUAGAAGAGUGAGGUUUGAGAAGGAUAAGUUCGAUAUGUGGAGUGAAUAUGAAAUAUGCCCUUGAUUGUAAAUAGUCUCCAUUGACAUUAAUAUAACAUCGAUAAUUUGAAGUGUACCAGUCCAAAAAUGUGGACUACGUUGCCAAAAAAAAACACAAUUUGCAGCUUUUUGCAGUCUGCGAUUGCAAGACGUUUGUACAUUAAAAUUGCCAACCACAACCGCCAGUGAAUUAAUGCCACUUACUUCUACCUGAUAUCUGGAGUAAUUCAAGAGUAUCUGCCUGUCCUACGCUAAUCUAUCACUGAACCCUGUGACUGCUGUUAUCGGGAAACUUACAGGCGCGAUUUUUGCAAUAAAAAUAAACAAAUAAUUUAAAGAACCUCCUUUUUUAACUCAGUUUAAACCAAGCUAUUCUUAUCAAUUAUGCCUCCUAAAUCUAAAGCAAGCACUGCUUCUGCCACCAAGUUGUCUUAUAAAGACAUGAUUAAAUCCGGUAUCGUUACCUUGAAGGAAAGAAACGGUUCUAGUCGUCAAGCUAUUAAAAAAUAUGUCCAAGCAAAUUUUGGAAUCAAGGCCGCUAAUUUUGAUGCCUUGUUCAACGCUGCCUUGAGAAAGGGUGUUGAAGUUGGAGACUUAUCUCAACCAAAGGGUCCUUCUGGUCCUGUCAAGUUAGGAAAAAUUGACAAGAUUUCAAAACCUGUCGCUAAAAAGGUUGCCAAACCAGCACCAAAAAAGGCGGUUUCUAAAAAAGUGGCUCCAAAAAAAGUGAUCCCCAAGAAGGCUGUUAUCAAGAAGGCUGCCCCAAAGAAGGCCGUUACUACUAUUAAGAAGAAGCCCGUUGCUAAGAAGCCUGUUGCUAAGAAGGCUGCUCCAAAGAAGCCUGUUGCUAAGAAGGUCGCUGCAAAGAAGGCUGCUCCAAAGAAAGUGACCAAACCAGCUGCUAAGAAAGUCGCUCCAAAGAAAGUGGUUGCCAAGAAAGUUGCUCCCAAGAAGGCUGCUCCUAAAAAGAAGGUAGCCAAGAAGUAAAGAUGCUUUACGUUAUUAGCUGGUUCAUGUUUUACGGAUGUUGAUUUUACCUUUUCUCUUUGCCUCUAUUUGUAUCUGUUGUAAUUUUAGCGUGUUUUUGUAAUAUAUGAGAGAAAUGAAAACAAUUCAAAAA